AUGGUCACGUACGAUGCAAACGGCACCCCAUUGUCUCCUCGCGGCUUUCCACUCAAAGGCUCGCAAGCCGGCCGGCCAUUUCGACUUUACCACAUCACUCACAACGAGUCAACGUUCUACGCAAAUGAUCGCCGGAAAGCAAUGUGGAUUUACGACUCAUUUAAGAACAAGCCGCUUCCGAAGGGUGAAGGGGUAUCGAUCAUGGUGUCUGAUUUCUUGACGCCAGAUUGGGGACGAUUGGUUCACGAAGAGAUGCAGGCGCGUGUUCUUUUCCGAGCGGGGAAAAACCAUGAUGGUUAUUUUUGGUCCGAGGAUCUCCUGGCAACAACAGACAAUGCGAUCGACAUCUUUGAGGCAAAGACAAAUGGACUUGCGACAGGUCUCUUCAUGUUCGACAAUGCCCCGAGUCACCAAAAACGCGCCGCUGACGCACUCAGUGCCCGAAAGAUGCCCAAAGGACCGCACGAGACAUGGGGCCAGCAGCCACGCAUGCGACCUGGAAUGCUUCCUGAUGGAGUGACCUACCAGUCACUUUACUUCCCCGACAACCACCCCACGAUGGCUGGCUGGUUUAAGGGAAUGGAGCAAAUCAUUCGUGAGCGAGGUUUGCAAACCGCUCAAUUCGAUUUAUUUCUGCAUAUGCAGGUGGUUUGA